UACAAAACCUCUUUGCGGUUCGCACUAUAAAAUGGAUCCAUUUUCUCUGAAAGCGCUUCUAUUCCUUCGACGCUCUUUACGCACAAUUGCCUGGAGAGAGGGCUUCUACAGUCACUCCUUUGUAUCAUAACAGAGCUUCAAUCCUCGCUAUUCCGUAAAAAUUUUAGGUUUUUUGGAUUAAAUUCAUCAAAUAAUCACUGUAAAUUUGUUAUUUCUUCUUUUAAUUUUAUGUAAUGAGAGGUCAAGAUCUGAUAAACACGGUUCUCCCCGAUGAGAUGCUCGUGGAGAUUUUCUGUCAUCUUGAUGGCUUGAAAUCGAGCUGUGAUUCCUGCUCUCUUGUCUGCAAGAAAUGGCUAAAGAUCGAGAGGCUUAGCCGUCGCACAGUUCGGAUCGGAGCCUCUCGUAAUCCAGACGCGUUCGUGAAGCUUUUGGUUCAGCGAUUCGUCAACGUCAGGAAUGUUUAUAUCGAUGAGAGAUUGCCGGUUUCACCUCCUUUUCAGUUUGGGUACCCUAUAAUUCAUGGACCGCCUCCCGCUACUAAAAAAAGGCGUUAUAGUAAAAAUGCACGGUCAUCUUUGGAACCUCUUCAUGCGUCUAAGGACAGUCGGUCUGAAAGUCGUGACUUAGAGCCCUUCAGCUUGUCGGAUGCUGGUCUCGUUACUCUUGCCGAUGGCUUUGCGAGGCUUGAAAAGUUGAGCUUAGUCUGGUGCUCUAAUGUGACAAGUGUGGGGAUAAAAUCUGUUGCUGAGAAGUGUAAAUCCUUAAAAACUUUGGAUUUGCAGGGCUGUUAUGUUGGAGAUCAAGGUCUAGCUGCCAUCGGGGAAUGUUGUAAGCAACUUGAGGAUUUGAAUUUGCGGUUCUGUGAAGGCUUGACUGACACUGGUUUGGUUGAAUUAGCACGUGGCUGUGGGAAGUCACUAAAAGCCAUAGGCAUUGCAGUAUGUGCAAAAAUAACUGAUAUCUCAUUAGAAGCUGUGGGAUCUCACUGUACCCUUCUUCAGACACUGUCAUUAGAUUCUGAGUUCAUCCAGAACAAAGGUGUGCUUGCUGUAGCUAGAGGUUGCUCAUCCUUGAACGUUUUGAAGCUUCAGUGCAUUAAUGUAACGGAUGAGGCUCUGCUAGCUGUGGGUACCUUCUGUUCUUCAUUGGAAUUGUUGGCUUUAUACAGUUUCCAAAGGUUCACCGACAGGAGUCUUUGUGCUAUAGGCAACGUCUGUAAGAAGCUAAAAAGUCUUACUUUAAGUGAUUGCUAUUUCUUGAGCGACAAGAGUCUGGAAGCAAUUGCUACUGGCUGCGGUGAACUUGCACAACUUGAAGUUAAUGGCUGCCACAAUAUUGGAACGGCUGGACUGGAGGCUAUUGGAAGAUCUUGCCCAGGCCUUUCUGAGCUAGCUUUGCUAUACUGCCAAAGGAUUGGUAAUAGUGCUCUUUUUGAAGUUGGUAGAGGCUGCAAACUCUUACAAGCUCUUAACUUGGUAGAUUGUUCAAAUAUAGGAGAUGAUGCCAUAUGCAAUAUAGCUCAAGGCUGCCGGAACUUGAAGAAACUUCAUAUUCGUCGAUGUUAUGAGAUUGGAGAUAAGGGAAUCAUUGCAGUGGGUGAAAACUGUAAAUUUCUUACAGAUCUUAGCCUUCGAUUCUGUGAUAGGGUUGGGGAUGCAGCUCUUAUUGCUAUUGGUCAGGGCUGUUCUCUGCGAUAUUUGAAUGUCAGUGGGUGUCACCAAAUUGGUGAUGCUGGAUUAAUAGCCGUUGCACGAGGAUCCCCCGAACUUGUUUACCUUGAUGUGAGCGUUCUUCAGAAUUUGGGGGAUAUGGCGCUGUCGGAGGUAGGUGAAGGCUGCCCUUUACUCAAGGACAUAGUACUAUCUCACUGUCGACAAAUAACAGACGUUGGUUUAGCAUAUCUUGCUAAGAAAUGCACUAGGAUUGAGUCAUGCCAUAUGGUUUAUUGCCCAUUUAUAACUUCAGCUGGAGUGGCUACGGUGGUUUCAAGCUGUGUCAACAUUAAGAAGGUCCUGGUUGAGAAGUGGAAGGUCUCCCAAAGGACCAGGCGACGAGCAGGAUCUAUCCUUUCUUACUUGUGUAUGGACCUCUAAUUCUGGCUUUUAAUUUAUUAAUGGUCCUUGUAAUGGUCUUGUCUUGUGCACACGAAGUCCUGAUCCGAGAUGGCUCUAGAUGAGGUGGAAAUCAACUAUUGGAUUGGUGGGCAUAUAUGUGCACUUAUUUUGUUGUAUUGAUUAUAUCGAUUUGUUGUAUUCUUUUAUUUUCAUUUGUUUAAUUUUGUAACUUAAUCAAUGUUUUCACAUUUA